AUGGCAACACCGGGCGGGCGCCGACGGCGCGAGGCCGCUCACAUUGGCAAGCGAUGCAUACAGGCCAAAAUUGUUGUAGAGGAACAAUACAUGGAGCACUUGACCAACCGGUCGGCACGUCUCAAUAGACGGGCUGUGCAGGUCUUGUCUCUAUUCGAAAGUAGCCUAUUGGACAUGGCGGCCGAGGCCAUGGCCCACGGAUUCGACCCGGGGGUCGUUGUGAGCGACUUCAUCUUCAGCUCGCCGGGCACGGACGUGAUCGACGUAGGCUCCGACCUGGUCAACUCGGAGGUCAUGAACACGCUCAUGAACACGCUCCUGAACACGGCAGACGUGACCGACACGGGCGUCGCGGGGCGAGGCCGCGCUGCGCCGCGUGAACGACGCCCUGGCCGCGGCGGGAGCGGGAGCCAGGAUGUUGACCGAGCGGUGGUGCGAGCCUUCGACGAGGAUGGUCGCCGAGCUGUACAUAUGGCACAUGACAAGCGACCGGCACCUGCUGCUGCGCCGCGCGAUCCUCGGGUGGCCGAAAGCCCGGAAGGAGGCCGCGACGCCCCCGCGAGCCAUCACGCCUGGCAGGUCAACUACCUGUUCGAGGCGGCCAUGUUUGGCAGUAUUCUCGACGGCGGAGCACUGGCUGGCAAGCUCGACAUGGCGGAAAGGAAAUAG